AUGCAUGACCCGCUACCAUACCCAACGAGGCCAUACCUGGCGCUGGGUCUCGAGGGCAGCGCCAACAAGCUGGGUGCGGGCAUCGUGCUGCACAAACCAUUUGACCCUUCCGCACCCUCCUCAUCCUCCUCAUCUGCUCCUUCGUCCAUCUCCUCUCGCUCCGUCGGUCAAGUCGAAAUCCUCUCCAAUGUUCGUCACACGUAUGUCACCCCACCAGGCUCCGGCUUCCAGCCUAGCGACACCGCCAAGCAUCACAAGGAGUGGAUCAUCCGAGUCAUCUCCGAAGCGGUGCGACGCUCGGGCAUCAAUUCGCUUGCCGAGGUGGAUUGCAUCUGCUUCACAAAGGGUCCGGGAAUGGGAGCACCGCUGCAGAGUGUCGCUGUUGUGGCUCGCACUUUGGCGCUCAUGUACAACAAGCCACUGGUCGGCGUCAACCACUGUGUCGGGCACAUCGAGAUGGGGCGAACGAUCACAGGUGCGCACAAUCCCGUCGUACUCUACGUAUCAGGAGGAAACACACAAGUGAUCGCUUAUUCAGCGCAAAAGUAUCGCAUCUUUGGCGAAACGCUCGACAUUGCGGUGGGCAACUGCCUCGACCGUUUUGCCAGGGUCAUCGGUUUGAGCAACGAUCCAAGCCCAGGACAAAACAUCGAAAAGGAGGCGAGGAAGGGCACAAAGCUCGUACCGCUACCGUACACCACAAAGGGCAUGGAUGUGAGUCUGGCCGGCAUUCUCAGCGCCACAGAGGCGUAUACGAGGGACAAACGAUUCAAGCCGAAUCCUCGUGUCGAGUACGAUGAUGCGGCUGUCGGAAGUCUAGCGAAUGGCGAAGUUUGGACGGGUGAAGGCGGCGGAAAGCACAUUGUCAACAUGGCCGACUCCAGCUCCGCGCCCGAACCCAGUGCAGCAGUAGACGUCCAGCCGGCGAGAACAGACGCAGACGUCGACGUCUCUCAAUCUGGCCCUUCCCAGCUCGACGCCAGCAUCAACACCAUCACACCAGCCGAUCUCUGCUUCUCGCUCCAAGAGCACAUCUUUUCCAUGCUCGUCGAGAUCACGGAGCGUGCUAUGGCACACAUCGGAUCCAAAGAGGUGCUCAUUGUGGGCGGUGUAGGCAGCAAUCAGCGGUUGCAGCAGAUGAUGGGUAUCAUGGCCGGCGAGAGAGGUGGGAGUGUGUUUGCGACGGACGAGAGGUUCUGCAUCGAUAAUGCGCAGCUCGUUGUCUUCUGGGUAGCUGGUGCGAUUAGCUCUGCAGACAUGAGCCAACCGCCGCUGGCCAGCUCACAGCCACGCUCCGUUUCUGCCGGCAACUAUCCAUCAUCGUCCUCAUCGGUGCCAAUCACAUCUUCAUCGGCAACAACUACACCGCUUCUGGGCCAAGGCCCGCUUCACGCUGGCAGUCCCGCCUCCUCUCUUCUACCAUCGUCACCCUACGCCGCCGCAGGAUUCUCAUCAUCAUCAACCGCCUCGCCCGCCUCGGCCAGCUUUCAACACAGCUCUACCUUUGCCGGUGCGUCGGCAGCACUGGCCACUUCCACAUUUCGAAAGCUCGUAUGGGAGGGCACCAUUCCAAUAUGCGUAUCACUAGAUGCAGCCGAGCUACCACCGGGCUCCGACUCUUCUGUUGACUCGACGUAUCUCGUCGUACCUCGGAUCAGCUACCUCCCGCUCAUCGUCGCCGAAGUCAAGAAGAACCUGCUCGAUUUGGUGCUCGAACAGCCUGCGCUCAAUGUGCUAAACGAAAAGGAGCUUUGGUUCGAGUAUGAAGGUCAACCGCUUAGAUGGCAUUGGCAGAUCGGGCUGCUUUACGACUACCAUACUUCGAACCCGGCUCGCACCGCUGUGGCGUAUCAGUCGACGACGGCCAGCACCACCGGGCUCGGAUCGUUGCGUUCGGAUACCCCUUUGAUACCUCAAGGUGGCCCAGGGAGUGAGUCUUUGGCUGCGGCCGCACCAUCGAGACUGCCAUGGAACAUUCGAUUGAGGCUGUCAAAGCCGCCCGUGGAACGACUUCACAGCAACUCUGGUCUCGAGUCAUGCAAGACGUCGUUCAUGUCGAUGAUCAAAGAAGCUGACUUUGUACGCUACGGGUCGACGAAAAAGGUGGUCAACCUUAGGAAACAGGAGCAGGACACGCUGUGGGAUGGGGUUGUCUCGCAUGACUACGAGCUGUUCUGGAGCAUUGCGAACAAGCUUGUUCCGAGCGCAAACGUGUCGAGCUUCGACGCUGGAACGGGGGCAGGCUCCAUUCGGUCUCCUAUCGCUGCGCGCACAAUGUCUCUCAAGCUCGGACGCACACAGGACGAUCGGUCUGUAACCUCGAUCCAACGCGGCCUUACAACCCAACCGAACGAGUCCCAAGCCAGCCUUGCGCCGAGCACAGUGUCGACCCUCACGAGCACUUCGUCGUCCGAUGCACCGGCAAGUGGCACAGCGACGCCCACCGCAGGCAGUGCGGUGCGCAGCAUCCCGCUCCGUUUCUUCCUGCCUGACAAUGCCCCCAUCGUGCAGGAACCGGUACCGCCGAUGCUUGAGGAUGGCAGGUCCAACACGCUGGGUGCUGUGCUCUCGGCGCUGUUCCCUCUGCUGUUCCCACCACCGCCGAGUUUCAGCAGCUUCCAAGCACAAGCUGCGCCGCUGGCAUAUGCGCUGGUGCAAGGGCUGAGGAUGCCACUGGAUGCAGAGAUCGCGUGGUUGGGCAGUGCGCUCGUUGGACCUGAUGGGUGGGUCGCUGUAGUGAUUGGGUUGGUCAGCUGA